GCAGCUAUACAAGCUGUGCAUCUAAAUCAAAAUGUUUAAGAUACGUAGAGUUAACGAUGUGGAGCCAACUGCUCCUGGGCAAGUGAAUAUCAAAAAGCGGUCAAGGGUGCCAGGAGUGAUGAUCACUCAAUUUGUGGAAGAAGUCCCGGUGGGGAUGAGCACCCCAGACUUUACCCGGAAACCCAUAGCACUGACCAUUCAAGAAGGAAAGCUUGCCUUUUUCAAAGCAAGAGUUAGCGGCAAACCCGCGCCCAGGGUGUCGUGGGCGAGGAAUAAUGGAGAAAUUGAUGAAGAGAAUUACAAAAUGGUCUAUGACUCACUUUCUGGUGAACACUCACUGGAGAUACCGGAGGUGUCCGUAGAACACGCUGACACUUACAAAUGUUUCGCUACAAACGAGUAUGGAAGAGCAGUUGUCACAGCUGCCCUAAAUAUCAUUGAACUUGGCUAUAAGAAGAAUAGAGCCUUGCAGCAAUCUAGAACAGCUGUCCGAGAACUCCCUGAAGACUUCAAGAAGGCCUUAAGACGCACGGUUAAAAUGGAACCUAAACCCGAAGUCAAACGAGUCAUUGACGACAAGUUCUGGGAGCUUUUGUUGAGCUCUAAUAAGAAACAUUACGAGAGGAUCUGCAGUGAAUACGGUGUCACAGAUUUCCGCUGGAUGCUAAAGAAACUUAAAGAAAAGAAGCUGGAACAGGAAUAUGAGCAGGAGAAGGUUGUUGAGACACUCUGCAAAUUAAAGCCUAUUGAAGUCAAAGGUUAUAGAGCUGAGAUGUCCCUUAAAGACCCGGCAAGUCAAAUCCUGAAUAAGGAUGGCGUACUAGUUCCUUUUGAUGGGGAUGCAGAGAUGAAAUUAAAGCAAGUGGGGAAGAAGUUUAUGUUCAGCAUCAAUGACGUUCAUCCUAAAGAUGCUGGAAUGUGCCACGUGGAGGUUGAUGGGGUUAAGAUUUUCUCGACUGAAUUAAAAGUUCCCAGUGCCGACUUCUUGGUCAAGAUUCAAGAUGUGAGAGCGGGAGAACGAGAAGAUGCAGUGUUUGAGUGUGUCAUUCCACAACCCAUGAAAAAAAUCAAUUGGAUGGGAAAGAACAUCCCACUGGGUCAGGGAGACAAAUACGAUAUAUGCGUGUCGGAGAAUAUGCUCAUUCAUUCUUUGGUGGUGAAGGACUGUCUACCAUCGGACAAAGGCAUCUAUACGGCUGUGGCUGGAAUCACAUCUUGCAGUGCUUGGCUUAUUGUGGAAGGGGACAAUGACCAAAACUUGGUUGGAAAGAAAAAAGCUCGCAAAACAACUCGAGCAGGUGGUGGAGCAGAUCUGCUGAAGAUCGCUGAGGAUCAACAGGCCAAAUUACAAAAGGAAAGAGAUGAGUUGCCUGCGACAGCCAAGGCACAAGCAGAGGUUGAAGCAAAAGCAGAGGAAGAGGUUGAAGCCAAAGAAAAAGGAGAUGUUAACGCCAAAGCAGAUGUUAAACCUACAGAACAAAACGAGACAACAAAUAAAGCUGAAGCAGAGAAUAAGACUAAAGAAAAAACAGGGACUCAAAUUUUAGCUAAAGAAGAAAAGACAGAAGAAAAAACUGAGACUACAAUUCAAGCUAAAGAAGACAAGACUAAAGAAAAAACAGAGAAGACUAAAGAAAAAUUAGAUCCCAAAAUUCAUGGUAAUGUAGAGGAAACGACGAAAGAAAAAACAGAGACUGAAAUUCAAGCUAUGGCAGAGGAUAAGACUAAAACAAAAGGAGAUACUAAAAAUACAGUAAGUGACUAUACUAAAGAUAAAGCAAUGCCAAAAUCCACAGCCAAAACAAAACAAACAGUAAAGGUGAAGAUUGAGAAAAAAGAUGAUGGUAAGGAUGAAAAUUCAGCCAAAGAAGCAGAGGAUGAGGAAUCUGAGGAGGAGGAGGAAACGGAAGAUGCAGAAAGAGCGGAAGUGGAAAAGAGAAAGGACAAGCCUACGCAGACUACCGAUCCCAAAGUCUCUAAUGAUAAAGAAGACGAGGAACCAGUUCUGAAGAAAAAGAAAAGAGUGCGAAAGGGCCCACCUGUUCCCGAUACCGCCAUGGAUGCGGGUGUUUACUUCACCAGUGGUUUGUCCGACAUCAACGCUAUCAUUCAUACAGAGGCGGAAUUAAUCUGCAGACUGAGCAGCGACGACUGUGAAGGAUUCUGGUACAAAGAUGGCAAAAAGAUAGCAUCUACAGAUGAUGUCCGGAUUGUUGAAGAAGGGUCUUAUCGUAAGCUCGUGUUAAAAAACUGUAAAGAAGAGGAUGCUGGAAAGUAUCGCUAUGAAGCCGAUGGCCGUAAAACAGAAGCGAUGGUGAUUGUUGAAGAUCCCCCAAGAAUGAAUAAGGAUGACCUCACUAAGUUCUCAAAACCGGUUAUCGUAAACACUGGGAAAGACGCAGCCUUCGUGCUGUCCUUUCUUGGCCGGGAGCCAAUCAAAAUCCAAUGGUUCAACGAAGGCGAAGAGCUAUUGGAGGACACCCGUACAAGGAUUGAGAGGUCCUCCUCGCACACUCGCCUACUGCUGCUCAAGUGCAAGCGCAAAACCUCGGGGGAAAUAAAGAUAAAGAUUAAAAAUGAUUUUGGGACAACAGAGGCGGUCACUCAACUCACUGUUCUUGACAAGCCAACAGUGCCCCUAGGGCCCGUAGAUAUAAUCGAUGGUUCUGCAAACUGUAUCGCGUUCAAAUGGAGGCCUCCCAAAGACAACGGAGGCUCCCCAAUUACCAAUUACAUCCUGGAACGCCAACAAAUUGGCCGAAAUAGCUGGAAGACCUUGGGAAAAAUUGGUCCUGAACCCCACUACAGGGACUUGGAUGUGGAUCAUGGAAGAAGGUACGCAUAUCACAUCAGGGCUGAGAAUCAGCAAGGUAUCAGUGAAAUGAUGGAAACUGGUGACAUUCAAGCUGGGACCAAGGCAUACCCUGGACCUCCCACUGGCCUGAAAAUUCUAAGUGCUUUUAAAGACUGUAUCAACCUUGCAUGGUCUCCACCUUCAAAUACGGGAGGGACCAACAUUUUAGGAUACAAUGUGGAGAAACGAAAGAACGGCAGUAAUCUCUGGAGCCUUGUCAACCCUUCGGAUGAGUCCAUCAAAGAGAAAAAGUAUGCUGCAAAAGAUGUUAUUGAAGGCAUCCAGUACGAGUUCCGUGUUUCAGCGAUAAAUAUUUCUGGUGUUGGAGAGCCAAGUGCACCUACUGAGUUUGUUUUUGCACGGGAUCCAAAGAAGCCCCCUGGAAAAGUGAGAGACCUGAAGGUGACAGAUUCUACAUACAGCACCUUAUCUCUUACAUGGACCGAACCAAAGGUAGAAGAAGGUGUCCAGGAUGAGGCCAAAGGGUAUUUUGUGGAAAUCAGGCCGGCGGAAAACCUAGAUUGGGGUCGUUGUAACUCGAGCCCUGUCAUUACAAACUCCUUCACGAUCUUGGGUCUGAGGUCGAUGGUCAUGUACUGGGUAAGAGUGGUAGCCACCAAUGAGGGUGGAGAUGGUGAACCUCAAGAGUUGGAAAACUACAUCAUUGCAAUGCCUCCCCCAGUGAGACCUCGUUUUACUGACAAAAAUAUAAAGAAUUUUAUGGUAACGAGAGCUGGCAACUCCAUGAGGGUCACCUAUAACUUCCAGGGUUCUCCAUUACCAACAAUUACUUGGCUCAAGGAUGGUCUGCCUCUUCUGAAGCAUGUGACAGUGAGCAAUUCUGACACUUCAUCUCAGUUAAUGAUCGCACUGUCCGAGCGUCGAGACACCGGAAUUUACACCUUGAUCUUGAGAAACAUCGUUGGACAAGAGUCAUGCACUUUUGAGAUGAGAGUCACAGAUGACCCCAAGCCACCAGGUCCGGUGGAGUUAGAGGAGAAUGUGCCUGGAGCAGUGUUGAUCACUUGGACAGCCUCUCCGGAUGAGAAAAGGGAUGACAGGCUGCACUACAUGAUCACCAAGCAUGACUCUGUCAAGCACAGUUGGCAAAUGUUGGCGGACCGUCUUUUCAACAAUAAAUUCACUGCCGUCAAUGUCUUGCCAGGAAGGCAGUACAAGUUCCGCGUCUAUGCCAAAAAUGACAUGGGAAUCUCUGAACCCUCUGAGUCACCAAAGUGGGAAGCGAAGCGACCGAAAGGAACAUUUUCUUUGAAUCUCCCAGCCUCAAAGGACUGCAGUUUUGAAGCAGCUCCCGCUUUUUCUGUUCCGCUCAAAAUGCACAAGACUCCAGAGAGCUACGAGUGCUAUAUGAGCUGCGCCGUGACUGGAAACCCCAAACCCUAUGUGACUUGGUACAGGGAUAACAUUAGCCUCAACACCAACAGCAACUACUACAUCACCAAUACGUGUGGGGUCUGCUCUAUGGUCAUACUCAAAGUGGGCCCCAAGGACAGCGGGGAGUACACGGCCGUUGCAGAAAACGCUCUUGGCAGGGUGGAAUGUUCAACCAUACUUGUUGUUCAAGAUUAAAGUGAUGGCAUGACGCUGCUCGACUGGAGAACCAUGCUCUUUUAAGAAGAGGGAAAGGAAAUCAAGUAUAGUAUGGCCUUGGUAUCUGCUCAUCGGGAUGAUAUCAAGAAGUAAUCCAGAAAGAUCAACUUAAUCUGGCAAUAGAAGAACUGAAAUAUGUAUUCACAAUCUGUGUACUCAUGUGUCUUAAUAACAUGGCCAAGAAAUGCCUUUGUCAAAAUAUACUACAAGGCUGAAGAAUUAUAGACUUUACUCAAAACAUUGGAAUAUUUGGUGUCUCAUUUGAAAAGGUUGGGUCUGUCUGGGGGGGUUCCUGUCCUAUUUAAUGUUUGGCCAAUUAGUGGCUUCCUGGGCUUUGGAAUACAGUGGUUUCUACAAAGGGGAGGGGUGCACAUAGACAAUACAUAAAUGCAUUUUUACUUUGGGGAGGCAG